UUUGGCUCACCAAGUCCAGACUGACCGUCAAUCAACCAUUCAAAAUAGUCCAACUUUCUCAUCCACUCCCAACACACUCAGGCUAAUUUACAGAAGCCAAAUAAUCUACAAACCCACAUGUUUUGGGAUACGGAGCACCCAGAGGAAAUCCAUGCAGCCACAGGGAAAAUGUGUGAACUCCACACAGACAACAGCCGAGGUCAGGAUUGAAACUGGGUCUGCGGUGCUGUGAGGCAGCAGGUCUACCAGCUACGCCACUUUGUAAUUUUGUGAAUUAUUAAUAGGUUACUCAGGUUAAGAGGGAACCAAGCCCGUGAAUAAAGGACAUGAGCAGAAACCCUGGAGUGAGGAUCUUUUAGACAUGGAAAUAGCUGGUUUUAGAGACAGCAUAGAUAAAAGUUCAAAGCUCAGCUCAGGUUAAAAAAGAUACCAACGUCACAAUCUGCCUGUUUCAACUUCAGAUGCUUACUGGGGAGAGGGAUGAAGUUGGUGGAUAGGGUAUAGAAUUAGUGGCAGGAACUGAAGAUAAUGUCUCAAUCUUCCCAAUACUUCAUAUUCAUACAUGGUCUUAAAAAUGCUAAAUAUCUUCACUCACAGAUUCUCCCCUGUCUGACUACACUUAAUUUCGUCUUGAUCCCUAAGAAUGUAUUUCAAUAUGUUUAAACAGAUUUACAAAAAGUGACGGCUAGGAAGCCAAAAUAAUAGCUCAUCAUAAAUAAUUAGACAGAGAUGUGUCUAUAAUUAAAUUAAGCAUUUGGAUUGCUGCCUCACAGGUGUAGCAACCUAGGUUCAAUCCCAACCUCAGGUGCUGGGUCUGUAGUUUGCAUAUUCACUAUGACUCUGCAAGUUUCCCCCUGGCUGGCUGGUUUCCUCGCAGAUCCCAAAGACAUACAGGUUGGAAGUCUAAAUGAACUAUGUAAAUUACCCAAAAUGUAAUUAUUUGGUAAAAAGAAUCAUAGAAACAUAGAAAAUAGGUGCAGGAGUAGGCCAUUCGGCCCUUCGAGCCUGCACCGCCAUUCGAUAUGAUCAUGGCUGAUCAUCCAACUCGGUAUCCCAUCCCUGCCUUCUCUCCAUAUCCCCUGAUCCCUUCAGCCACAAGGGCCACAUCUAACUCCCUCUUAAAUAUAGCCAAUGAACUGGCCUCAACUACCUUCUGUGGCAGAGAAUUCCACAGAUUCACCACUCUCUGUGUAAAAAAUGAUUUUCUCAUCUCGGUCCUAAAAGACUUCCCUCUUAUCCUUAAACUGUGACCCCUAGUUCUGGACUUCCCCAACAUCGGGAAUAAUCUUCCUGCAUCUAGCCUGUCCAACCCCUUAAGAGUUUUGUAAGUUUCUAUAAGAUCCCCCCUCAAUCUUCUAAAUUCUAGUGAGUACAAACCGAGUCUAUCCAGUCUUUCUUCAUAUGAAAGUCCUGUCAUCCCAGGAAUCAAUCUGGUGAACCUUCUCUGUACUCCCUCUAUGCAGAUGAGCAUGAGGGGGAGAUUUGAUUAAAGGGAAACACGAGUGGAAAUGCAAUAGAGAAAAUUAUUGAGGGAGCAGACAUAGAUUCAAUGGGCUAAAUGCCCCUCUUCAAUAUUGUAAGAAAUAUGAUUAAAAAAUAAUACUAAUAAAAAGUACUCAAUCCAUACUACCGACAUCUCCGUCUACGAAUAUAGCACAAAAAUAUUUGUAGCCAUUAUUCUAGUAUUCAGCAUAAUCAGCAUCAGAAUGAAGACUGUCAUACCAGUAAUAUUUAAAAAAAUUAAGAGAUGGGAAGGAAACAGUAAAAAAAGGAAUCAGGAGAAUUUUGAUGUACAGUUCCAAAGAUGGAUUUUAGGCUUUACAUGAAGUGACAUACCCUCUUCUAAUGGACAAGUUUUAGUCUCACAGCUCCACUUCUUUUUAGUAACAAGUAACAAGUAAGUAACAAGUAGCCUUUAUUGUCAUUCAGACCUUGCAGUCUGAACAAAAUUUUGUUGCCUUGCAGUCCUACAUAUAGUAAAAAUUACAAAACACACAAUAAACUCAAAUUAACAUCCACCACAGUGAGUUCACCAGGCACCUCCUCACUGUGGUGGAAGGCAAAAGUCUUAAGUCUUUGUCUCAUCCCUUCUUAUUCUCCCUCUGCGCCGAGGCCGCUGCCCCAGCCGCUGCUGUGGUGUUAAUAAUGAGAUUCAUCUCAGAUUACAGAUACUGAUCAAUUGAUUAAAUGGGCAAAUAGAAUUAAAUCCAGCCAAAAUGUAAGAUGACUGGUAGCACGUGGGGAGUAAGUACUGUGGAAGAGGGACUACGGUCUAUCCUUAAUUUGGUUUUCCAAUGCCUGGGAGCGAAUGUUGCCAACCGGCACAUUCCAGGGGCACAUGCUAAAGGAUGCACUUAAGAAUGGCAGAGAAUGGAAAGGCAUUGUGGGGAAAGACUGAGGUCCAUUUGCCAUUAGACAUUCAGUCUUUAGAUGAAAGGACUGAAUCCAUUGUAAUAACCUCCCAAACACUUAUUGGGUACAAUGCUCAAAAAGACCACAAGUGGCACUGGUGCUUUGUACACAGAAUGCAUUAGACUGACAGCAUUGAAUCUAAGGAAAACCAUAUACUGAUUUGCGUUUCCUGUAUCUUUUUUUAAAAUGAAAAUCCAAGACUUUCUAAAAGUGCCGCAUAAGUACCAGGGAAGGAAGCGUUUGGAAAACUAGCUUUUGUUAGCAAGAAAAUAGAAGAGUGGUUAUGGUAAGUUUUAUAAAAUAUCAGUAAUGCCAUAACUUGGAUAUUGUGAGCCAUUCUGAUCACUACACUAUAGAAAGGACAUGAUUGCACGAGAAACAUGCAGAUGAGAUGCAUCAAGAUGUGCAGGAACUGCAGAUGCUGGUUUAAAUAAAAAAUAGACACAAAAUGCUUGAGUAACUCAGCGCAACAGGCAGCAUCUCUGGAGAGAAGGAAUGAGGGACGUUUCCUCAGAUGGAGCUUUUUCAAUUAUGAGAAUAGACGUAUACAAAAUUAUGUGGAGCACGGACAGGGAAGACAAUAGAACACUUCUUCCUAUAGCAAAGGACAUGGGUUUAAGGUAAGAGCUUUAGAGAGGAUCUGGGAAGAAUAUUUUCACCCAGAGGAUGGUUACAACCUGAAAUGCACAGCCUGAAUGGACAAUGGAAGCUGAUACUUUCACACCAUAUCACGUAUCUAGAUAAGCACUUGAAUCACCAAGGCACAGAAGGUUAUCAAAUGUUUGUAAAUGUGUAGAUGAGUAAAUUAGGGUCAUAAACUAUGGUGAACAGUUAAGAGUUUCAGUGAAAUGUCUUAUCCAAAAGAGCAGCAGCAUGGCAACACCACACCAAACUGAAAUAAUUUUUAUAAAGUGCAGCUUGAAUCACAAUUGUUAAUAAAAUGUUAAAAUAAAUAAUUACAAUAAUGCGGAUACAAAAAGUACUUUCUUGAGGGAAUCAGAGAAUUGUGAGCAUAACUUUAAGGUGAAAGGGGCAAAUUUUAAGGAGAUGCACAGGGCAAGUUUUUUUUUUCCUUUACAGAAAGCGAUGGGUACCUGGAACAUGCUGCCUGGGGUGGUGGUGUAGGCAGAUGUGACAGUGACAGGCAGCUUCUCUGGAGAGAAGGAAAGGGUGACAUUUCAGGUCAAGACCCAUCUUCAGACUGAGAGUCGGGGGAGAGGGAGUGAAACUAGUCAGAUAACUUGGGUGGGGGAGGGAUAGAGAGAGAGAGGUAAAACUGGGUUAUUUGAAGUUAGAAAAAUCAAUAUUCAUGCCUCUGGGUGGACUUAAAAAGCUGGAGUAAUUCAGCGGAUCAGACAGCAACUAUGAAGAAAUAGGUGACUCCUCGGGUUGAGAUCCUUCUUCAGACUGAGUCAGGGGAGAGGGAAACAAGAGAUAUAGACUGUGAUGUAGAGAUAUAGAACAAAUGAAUGAAAGAUAUGCAAAAACUAACGAUGAUAAAGGAAACAUGCCCUUGUUAGCUAUUUGCUAGGUGAGAACAAGUUACAGGCAAUGAGAUUCAACAAGACGACUUUGAGGCUGGUGCAUCAGAUGGGGGAUGGAUGGAGAGAGGGAAUGUAGGGAUUACUUGGCGAAAUCAAUAUUCAUACCGCUGUCACUCCAGCAUUAUUAUUGUUUGUUUUUUGUGUGUAUGUAUGUGUGUAUAUAUGGCCUGUGUUGUUAUUGUCUCGUUCAAUGUGUAGUUUGUUGUAGAUUUUAUAUUGUUUUUAACUGUGUAUAUGUGGGGGGCGGGGGUGGGAGGAACUUUUAAUCUCUUCCCUGCACGGCAGACCUGACCUUUUCCCUGCUGGGUCAACGUUGUUGUUGGGGCCUAGCACCGUGGAGCGGCCUCCAGCCAGAACGACCUGGAGGCUCCAGAGCCUGUGGACUUACCAUCGUGGGGCUAGCCGGCCUCGGGGCAUGGGGAGCUGUGGUGGCACGCGGCUGUGACCAGACUUUGGAGCUUCGGAGGCUCCAGUUGCAGGCCUGUGGAUGGUGACAUCGGAAGCUCGCGGGUCCCUGGUGGGAGACCGCUGUUCGGAGCUCCCGCGGCGGCAGCUUUUCCCGCCCGAGUUGUGGAGCUGAAAAGGACCCGGAGCGGGGCCUGACAUCGAUCGGCGUGGCUUUAACGGCCGCGGGACUUGCCAUCACCCGCCGGGGGCUUUAACAUCGGGAGAGGAUGGAGAGCAGUGGAGAGACAAGACUUUGCCUUCCAUCACAGUGAGGAGGAGAUUCACUGUGAUGGAUGUCUGUGUGAAUUGAGUUGGUUGUGUGUCUUGUAAAAUUGUUUCUUCUUGCUGUAUGGCUACAGAAAUGCAAAGUUCCUAACGGAAAAAUAAAGUUCAUUGUAUUGUAUAUAUAUGUAUGUAUUUGCAUGUGUAUAUACACACACUUAAGUUUUUUUUCUCUAUCGUUUAUUAUAUUGUUUACAGUGUAUUGUGUUAACAUAUUGUUCUGUUGUGCUGCCGCUGCAAGUAAGAAUUCCAUUGUUCUCUCUGGCACAAUGUAUAAAACACUCUUGGUAGUCUGUGUCUGCGGGACCGCGCGUGCGCGCUGGCAGAUCGCCGGCUCCGCACGCAUGCGCGGUGGCGGUCCUCGGGGCUUGGCGCGCACGUCGCCUCCCCGCGCCGCUAACAAAGAGAGAGAGAGACAACGGUAACUCGGCGCCGCGGUCCCCGCCCGCCUGUCCGGCCACAGAUACAGCUGUCUUCUUUAAUCUACUGCUAUGUUUGAUGGUAUUCUACACCCUCUAUUACAUGAUCGGAAGUGUCUGCUUUGGUGCAUUCAGGCUUGAGUUAUUCGAUGGGUUGUUUCCAUUUGACUUUAAAACACAAGUUUCAAUGUCUAGCCCGAAAUACCUAGUGAUCCUGCUGUCCAUGGAACUCACCUAUUUCAUCAGUGGUCUGGUGUUUGCGGCUAUAGUUAAGAAGUGGAUCUGGGAUUACUCAGUCACCGUUACACUCAGCCAUGUCGUGCUGAGUUGUGCUCUGAUGGGUGCAUUCCCUGUAGCAUGGCAAUGGUGGGUUGCAAUACUUGUCGGCAUGACGAUGAUGAUCUGUAAUGGUCAGUUGGUGGCAUACUUCAUUUGUCAAAAGAAUCACAGUUACCUAUCGGACAUUUGAGAGAAUACUGAUGAAACGUGGCAGCUGAAAUCAAAGACUCAAGGCCAGUUCUCUGCAUGGACUGACAAAAUAUCUAUUCAUUUUAGUGGAAAACAUAUAAGCAAUAUCACGGAUAAAUGCUUGAUAGGUAACUGCAUUUUGAAUAUGAUCAGAUGGGUUAGUUUUACAUGAAUGUUAUAAAAAUCACAAACUAUUUAUACAAGAGACUAUAUUUUACUACUUUGUUCUUCUGUAACUGUCCCAAAAUAUCUGAACGUUUCAAUGUUGCUGCUUUCCAUGAUUUUGUUAAAAAGUAAAAUGGUGGUAAUUUUAAUUUCAUACAAAGCUGGACCACACAGUUCGUCAGCUUGAGGAAAAAAUGUUGCUUUUGACAUACCCGUUACUUGAUGGGAAUUGUUAAAAUAAAAUAAACUUGGGUAAAUAACAACACAGUGGAAACGUUCAGUAGUCAGGCCUGCUGUUGCUUCGUGUGACUCGGUGUGACUCAGUGUGGAUGUAAAAACAAACUUGACAAGAUUUAAAGCUUUGAGCAUUAAAGCAUUUGUUAAUUCAGAUUUUCUUUUUAUGUUGAUUGUUAUUUAUUCAUGGAUGAAAAUUAGAAUUCAAAUGCUCCCCAACAUGUAAAUUCACAGCAUUCAUAUAAAAGAUUAAAAAUUAUUUUGUCUCAAUGGAGAAAUAUAUCCAAUAUUUAUUACCUAGAAAGUUUAACAUUUACCAUUGUAAAAAAGACAUGCAUUUUUGCAAUUAAAGUAAACUUUGGAUAAAUAA